AUGUAUUUAACUGACGACAAUGUCACGACUUUGUCAUACACAUCUGAAGACAACUUGACGGAUAACGAGUACACGCCUUAUGAAGAUCGUCUGGAGACGUACCUAGUUCCUGUUCUCUUCGCUAUUAUCUUUAUCGUAGGAGUACUAGGCAAUGGGACCUUGGUGAUUAUUUAUGUAAGACACAGAGGGAUGAGAAAUGCACCGAACACGUACAUAUUUUCAUUGGCACUAGCAGAUCUUCUUGUCAUCCUAAUAUGUGUGCCGUUCGUAUCAGUCAUCUACACUUUUGAAUCCUGGCCGUGGGGAGAUCUUAUCUGUCGGAUAUCUGAAACAGGGAAAGAUGUAUCUAUUGGAGUAUCCGUGUUCACCUUAACUGCUCUCUCGGCGGAACGAUACUGUGCUAUCGUAAACCCCUUUAGGAGACUACAGCUUCGGAAGUUACCAAUGGUGUGUGCUACUUUUAUAUGGGCUGCGGCGCUUCUUUUUGCAAUUCCUGCAGCUGUGUUCUCGAGUACCACUUCUGAAUAUUUGGAGGAACAAAAUGUCACUUUAAUAUACUGCACUCCUUAUCCAAUUGACUGGGAAAACUAUUCAAAAUGGAUGACUGUUGGUAAAGCCGUAAUAUACUAUGGUCUGCCACUACUGGUGAUAGCCUUCUUUUAUUCGCUUAUGGCACAGCGCUUGCUAGCCAGUACCAAAGAAAUGCCCGGCGCUCUACAUGCGGGUCAAGGAGAAGCGCAAGCGCAAGCCAGAAAAUCUGUGGCGUGCAUGGUACUUGUCUUUGUUAUAGUAUUCUUCAUUUGCUUUUUACCAUACCACGCUUUCGAGGUGUGGUUCCAUCUUUCACCUACCGCUAAAGGUGACUACAAUGACUUCACACACGCUCUAAGGAUAGUGGGCUUCUGUCUUAGCUUCCUGAACUCCUGCGUGAAUCCAGUCGCCCUAUACUGCGUGAGUGGAGUCUUCAGGCAGCACUUCAACCGUUACCUGUGCUGUCGUCGAGGUACAUUGCACCCGACUUGCAGUUCCAGGCUUUCUAGAACCGCUGUUUGCGAAACGUCCUUCAGAAGCACCCAUCGGCAUCGCUGUAACAGGAACCCGACAGAGAGCGUAGUAAUAUCGAACUACGAUUACGGAAGUACUAAGAAGAAAGGCAACAUUAUCUCCAGAAACAGUGCUGAUGGGGUCACCAUCAUGACCAUUCGGGACAGCAACGACUUUCUUGCUGGAGACAUCAAUGAAAAAUGUAUAAACAGAUAG